CUCUAGCGCGUGCGGGCGCCUGUGCUGCGCUGCCUCAGUCUAAAGUGUUGAAUCCUGCCAGCCUGUUGGGAAGCCAAAAGCCAGAAAAGACAAGGAGAGAAUGGAGCGCUCCACUCGGCUUCGGCAGGAGGAAUAAUCACUCAGACGCCACUGAGGACAUUGGAAGACGGACAAACUCCCAGGGAGAAAGAAAGUCAACUUGAGGGGAAAGUGUUCCGCACUUCUCGCCAGGACGCUGUUUAAAAAACAUGGAUACACUUUUCUCUCUUUUACCGGGACUCUUCCUCCUCAUCUCGGCUGUUGGGAAUGUCUCCGGGCAGAUGCUACAAGCUCAUAUGGGGCGCGCUGAGAAGGGAAGCUGUACGUUUGAUGAGGGCUUCUCUCAGUGUGAUUACCAACAAGACCCCUAUGAUGACUUUGACUGGACACACAUCAACACUCAGGAGGUCCCCUACGUAUCCCCCGACCUGCCCAAAGGUUCCUACAUGUAUGUGGAUGUCUCUCAGUAUGAGGUUGGGGAGAAGGCCAGAUUUCAACUCCCGGUGAUGAAGGAGAAUGACACCCACUGCAUAGACUUCAACUACCAACUCAUCAGCCCUGAUGGUUCCAGUCCUGGAACCCUCAAUGUCCUGGUCAAGGUUAACAAAGGUCCACUGGCCAAUCCUAUUUGGAAUGUAACUUCCAAUACUGGUAAAGACUGGCUGAAGGCUGAACUCGCCGUCUCUACCUUUUGGCCCAAUGAGUACCAGGUUAUAUUUGAAGCGGAUAUUUCGGACAGGAAAACCGGCUUCAUCGUUAUAGAUGACAUUCAGGUGCUCAGCUACCCAUGCGAUAAAUCCCCUCAUUUCCUGCGUCUUGGGGAUGUGGAGGUGAACGCUGGUCAGAACGCCACUUUUCAGUGCAUCGCCACCGGACGAGAUACAUCCAACAAUAAACUCUGGCUCCAGAGGAGAAACGGAGAAGAUAUUCCCGUGUCUCAGAGGAAAAACAUCAACCAUCGGCGAUUCUCCGCCUCAUUCCAUCUCAACCAAGUCACUAACCAGGAUCAAGAUCUGUAUCGCUGCGUCACCCAGUCUGAGCGCGGCUCCGGGGUGUCCAACUUUGCCGGCCUUAUUGUCAGAGAGCCUCCACACCCUAUAGCCCCGCCCCAGCUGCUUGGCGUCGGCCCUACCUACCUGCUGAUUCAGCUCAAUGCCAACUCCAUCUUUGGAGACGGUCCUAUUAUAGUUAAAGAGGUGGAGUACCGCAUGACAUCAGGCAGUUGGACGGAGACCCAUGCUGUCAACUCACCCAACUAUAAGUUAUGGCACCUGGACCCAGAUACCGAGUACGAGAUCAGGGUCUUACUAACCCGACCAGGCGAGGGAGGGACGGGCAAGGCUGGACCGCCACUCAUUACGCGGACCAAAUGUGCAGAACCCAUGCGAACUCCGAAGAGGCUGAAGAUCGCCGAGACCAGGUCCCGCCUGAUAGCGGUGGACUGGGAAUCGCUGGGUUACAACAUCACCCGCUGUCACACCUUCAACGUCACCAUUUGUUAUCAUUACAUGAUGGCAAACAACCGCAGCAAGGCCGACUGCCUGGACAUGGACCCGAAAGCACCACGCCACGUCGUUGGAAACCUGCCACCGUACACCAACGUCAGUCUGAAGAUGAUUUUGACCAACCCAGAGGGGAGAAAGGAGAGCGACGAAACAAUCAUCCAAACUGAUGAAGAUGUUCCAGGUCCAGUUCCCACUCAGUCAGUACGAGCCACACAAUUUGAGGACCGGAUCCUCCUCUACUGGAAAGAACCAUCGGAGCCCAACGGCAUCAUCACACAAUAUGAGAUCAACUACAGUGGUCUGCGUUCCUUUGACCCAUCGGUGCCCCUGCAGCGCCCCGGGCUCCCGGUGUCUUUACCCUCCAACGCCACCCAUCACCUUUUCUCCCAGCUCCACCCGGGGGUCACUUACCAGCUUUCCAUACGAGCAUCUACUUCCAAAGGAUUUGGUACCGCCACCACUCUCAAUGUGACGACCAAUAUUUCAGCCCCGACAAUUGAUGAGUAUGAUGGCUCGGAGGCCUUUUUGAACGAAACUGCCACGACCAUCACUGUUCUGUUGAAACCAGCCCAGGCCAAGGGAGCACCUAUAAGUGCCUAUCAGAUUGUAGUGGAGGAAGUGAAUCCCCGGCGAACACGUCGCCAAGCCUCCUCCGACUGUUAUGAGGUUCCUGUUUCCUACCACAGUGCAUCAACCGGUGGAUCUCCGUAUUAUUACGCCGCUCAGCUGUCGCCCAGCAGCCUCCCAGAGCCCCUCCCGUUCACCGUCGGAGACAACAAGACAUAUCAGGGUUUCUGGAAUGCUCCUUUGGCCCCAAGGAAGAACUACAACAUCUACCUUCAAGCUGUUAGCAGCACUGAGCGGGAGACUAAAACGCAGUGUCUGAGGCUGGCUACGAAAGGUGCCACUGAGGAGCCAGAAGUCAUCCCUGACCCCGCUAAACAGACGGAUCGCGUGGUGAAGAUCGCCGGCAUCAGCGCCGGGGUCCUGGUCUUCAUCCUACUGGUGCUGGUAGCCAUCUUAUUGGUCAAGAAAAGGAGGACCUACUAUUCGUACUCGUAUUACCUGAAGCUGGCAAAGAAGCGUAAGGACGCCAUCGGAACCACUCGGCAGGAAAUGACACACAUGGUGAACGCCAUGGAUCGCAGCUACGCGGACCAGAGCACUCUGCAUGCCGAGGACCCCAUGGCGGUGACGUUCAUGGACUCUCACAACCACAACAACAGAUUGCCCAACGAUCCUCUGGUCCCCACUGCUGUGUUAGUCCCCAUCACAGAUGAGAACCACAGCGCAUCGGCGGCGGAGAACAGCCGGCUUCUGGACGUUCCUCGCUAUCACUGUGAAGGGACCGAAUCGCCGUAUCAGACGGGACAGCUCCACCCCGCCAUCAGAGUGGCGGACCUCCUGCAACACAUCAACUUGAUGAAAACAUCCGACAGCUACGGCUUCAAGGAGGAGUACGAAAGUUUUUUUGAAGGCCAGUCAGCCACCUGGGAUGUGGCAAAGAAGGAGCAGAACCGCACCAAGAACCGCUAUGGCAACAUUAUUGCAUAUGACCAUUCAAGGGUCAUUCUCCAGCCAAUGGAAGACGACCCCUCCUCCGACUACAUCAACGCCAACUACAUCGAUGUAAGUGGAAACGCAUCGAAUGCUACUAUUGGCUCCCAACGAAACCAACGAAACCACACUCCCUCGCUCAUUUGGCUGUACAGGGAUGGCUAUCAGAGACCGAGCCACUACAUUGCCACUCAGGGUCCCGUGCAUGAGACCGUCUAUGACUUCUGGAGGAUGGUGUGGCAGGAGCAGUCGGCCUGUAUCGUCAUGGUAACCAAUCUGGUGGAGGUUGGAAGGGUGAAGUGCUACAAGUACUGGCCAGACGAUGCUGAGGUUUACGGCGACUUCAAGGUGACUUUUGUGGAGGUUGAACCGCUUGCUGAAUAUGUGGUUCGCACAUUUACAUUGGAGAGGCGUGGUUUCAACGAGGUGCGAGAAGUCAAGCAGUUCCACUUCACAGGCUGGCCUGAUCACGGAGUUCCGUAUCACGCCACGGGACUACUUUCCUUCAUUCGCAGAGUUAAAAUCUCCAAUCCGCCUUCUGCUGGGCCGAUCGUGGUGCACUGCAGCGCCGGAGCGGGACGCACGGGUUGCUUCAUCGUCAUCGACAUCAUGCUGGACAUGGCCGAGCGGGAGGGCGUGGUGGACAUCUACAACUGCGUCAAAGCACUUCGGUCCAGGAGGAUCAACAUGGUACAGACUGAGGAGCAGUACAUAUUCAUCCAUGACGCCAUAUUAGAGGCUUGUCUCUGCGGAGAAACGGCCAUUCCCGUCUGCGAGUUCAAGGCGGCCUUUUACGAGCUGAUCCGCAUCGACUCCCAGACCAACUCGUCCCACCUGAAGGAUGAGUUCCAGACAUUAAACUCGGUGACGCCUCAGCCUCAGCCUGAAGACUGCAGCAUUGCACUGUUGCCUAGGAACCAGGACAAGAACCGCUUCAUGGACGGCCUUCCUCCUGACCGGUGCCUGCCCUUCCUCAUCACAAUAGACGGGGAGAGCAGCAACUACAUCAACGCGGCUCUCAUGGAUCUGUCAGAGGAGUUCCAGAGCUACAGACAACCCGCUGCCUUCAUCGUCACCCAGCAUCCUUUGCCCAACACCGUCAAGGACUUUUGGCGUCUGGUGUACGACUACGGCUGCACCAGUCUGGUCAUGCUCAACGAGAUCGACCUGGCGCAGGGUUGUCCCCAGUACUGGCCAGAAGAGGGCAUGCUGCGUUAUGGACCCGUCCAGGUAGAAUGUAUGUCCUGCUCCAUGGACUGUGACGUCAUCAGCAGACUCUUCAGAGUCUGCAACCUCACUCGGCCUCAGGAAGGCUACUUGAUGGUUCGCCAGUUCCAGUACCUGGGCUGGGCGGGACACAGGGAGGUGCCCGCCUCCAAGCGCUCCUUCCUCAAGCUCAUCCUGCAGGUGGACCAGUGGCAGCGUGAGGGGGAGGAGGGGGAGGGAAGAACCAUCGUCCACUGCUUAAACGGAGGCGGCCGCAGUGGCGUAUUCUGUGCCAGCAGCAUCGUGUGUGAGAUGGCCAAGAGGCAGAGUGUGGUGGACGUCUUCCACGCAGUCAAGACGCUGAGGAACAGCAAGCCCAACAUGGUGGACACUCCGGAGCAGUACAGGUUCUGCUACGACCUCUCCCUGGAGUUCAUCGAGUCGUCCUAAACAGCCGGAAUACCAGCGCAGGAGAAAUAGGCCCCGCCUCCUCCCGCCUGUAGCAUGUUAAAUCCUUACAUCAUGGCGCCCCCCAGUGGCGCUUUGCUGAGGAGCGGACUUUGGACUCCCUCGUGCUUUUAUCGUUGUACAGCUUCUUCAGCGCCACUUUGGACCACAAGUUGAUGUUUGCAGUGCUGCCACCUGCCCUCACGGGGGCGCCCUUCAACUUCACCACUAUUUUCAGUUGCUUCAGAGACUGACAGUAAACGUUUACAUCCUGAGUAUUAUUAGCUUUUACAUUUGUUUUUAUGUCAUGAAGAAGUUAAAAGUUGUAGUUGUUUCUUUGUACGUUUAAUCUCAUCUUCUCCUCGUGGAGGGCUGUGCCCGGUCUUUCCUUUCGGCCCGUUCACUAACGAUGAGAAAAGUCCGCACUAAACGCCAAGCAGCAGAUUAGUCUUUUCUAUGAUUUGACCGUGUUGUGGUUUCUCCAUAAGCCAAAGACUUUGCUGUAAAUAUGUCUAUAAAGCACAUUGUUUGUAUUUAUUGUUUACUCGCGUCGCCGGCGGGAACAAUCAUUCUUCACUCCACGUUUACGCCCGCAACACCUGAGCGAGAGGAGAGUGGAAGAAGCACGCUGUAAAUUAUUUUCUUUUUGUCGACUAUUUACUCUCUAGUGUCGUCUCGCUUUCACUCGUUGUCGUGCGCAGACAAACUUCCUUCGUGGUCAGUGCAGUCUUUUUUGCCUCGUCAGCAACAAACGGAUUAUUGUGCCUGAUCAUUUUUCAAUCAAUGUUGUACUUUAAUCUAUAAAUAGACUUUGUCUAUGCUGUAAAUAGACAAUUUUAUUGUCGCAACUUGACGGAUGAAAUGUUACAAACUUUGUUGUCGCCGUACACAAAAUGUUUCAAUGUUUGAAUUCUCUUUAGUGUCUUUUAUUUUCUGCAUUUUUAGUUGGGCAAGGGGGGGGGAAAAAAGCGAAUGAAGGAAUCCAGCAUUCCAGUAAAAGUGAAGUAACGACAAAGAUAGAAACGUUUGCAGCCAGUCUGAAUAUAACAUUAAUAUUCAUAGUUCUUCUUGUCUGUAAUGUUUGGCUUCUUUGCUGUAAUAAAAAAUAUCACUACUUUGAGGAUGA